AUGGCAGAACUUAAGGAUAACCUAGGUCCCUAUAUCCUCGAGAAGGCGCUUACUGCUGACCGCGCUACGAAAGACUGCUUCGUACUCGACGUCAGUCAAGACAAAAACGGCAAUGUAGUCUCUUCGCUGGAGCACGUUGUCGAGCAGGUCGAUGAUUAUCUCAUCAAUGCCUACGACCAUUCUGCUCCAGUGACCAAGCUCUACGUCGUCGGCGAGUGGAUGCCAACCCCACAGAAGAAAGAUGACGAAAAAAACACCAUACUUGAAGAGCAGAAGCAAUAUGCUAACGAGCCGCACCCUCACACCAAGCCUGAACAAGAAUGGCACGAUGCGGGCGAGCAAAUCGCGAAGCUCGUUCAACAGAUGCCUGCGCUCAAAGAAUUGACUUGGAUCUCCGGCUUGCCGUUCAUGGCUGUCAUCUGGGAGAAGCUGUCCACGUCGCUUACGAGGCUUAUCCUAGACCUUGGUCAGCCUGUUCGCCUCCAGCAGGAUGGCACGAACGAGUAUAAGUCAUACAUCACCCCAGCAGAGAUGAGACCCCUCGUCCAGCAGACAGAGCUUGAGGAGCUUCGACUGUUCGGUAUGCACGACUCUCUCCAGUCAGUCUACUGGGAAACUGUCUUUCGCAACACGUCCACGACUGGCAUGCGCGUCCUAGAUCUUAACAUGGCAGCACCUCCAAUCGUGCGUCAAGACCACUGGCACAAAGCUGACGACGUCUGUGGAUUGACUGUUCCAAAAGCAGAUUCCAAAGAGAAGGAGUACAAGGGCGUUGACGGAAAAGGAGUCUUACACUAUGCCUUCGGCACUGGUGAGUAUCUCGACGACUUCAGCAUGCGCAAAGGACGUAUCGCCGCAGGCUUGGAGGAGGCCAGGCCGCUAUCACUAUGGUGCCUCAAGCUUGACGGUUUCGUUGUCGAUUACCUGCCCUUCGAGCAAGAGCUCUCCCGGAUCGCACUGUUGACUUGCGGCAAGGACUGCAUCGAUAGCGGCCUACGCGCUCCGAAGACUCCUCGUACUCCACACAGCAGCAACCAAGGCAAUGUCGUCUCUCAGGAGGCAGGUCUCUCAACUCCGGCCGAAGAAUAUUCCUCAGUAUUCUCACAAAUGCCGCUGACCAAAGAGUCCCUCCACAUGAAGGAUCUUGGCGAGGCCUUGGAUGGCGCCAACAAAGAUGACGGUUAUUUCUCAGCUCAUCCGCUGUCCGUUCCUGAAACUAGUGGGGAAUCCUCGUUGGGUGUGUGGUCAAAUGCAUCGACCUGCGGUUCCAAUAUCACGACGCCUGUAGUGCCCUCGACCGCCCGAAGCUCACCUAAGAUGCCUGCGGUACCUGCUGCGGUUGGAACUUCCCCGAUUGGCGAGAGCCUGAUACCUGUCGACAGUGCGACCACUACAGACUCGGUUGUCUCCAAUGAUAGCAGUUACGACCAGGUCGUACCCUUGGACAAUGAUGAAGCCCCCAACAACUCUAUGUCAGCCGCGAAAAACAGCUUCAAGCACAAAAUCAGGCGAUCCUGGGAUUGGCUGUCUGGUUCUGGUUCUCAUUCCGGCGCUGCUUCCUGA